AGAAAGCAUCCUGGGAAUUGCUUGCCCGGUGCUCAGAGCAGCUGGUCACAUGAGCCUGAAUUUUCAGUUCAGUUCAUUAGUCAGCCAUUUUGGUCAACACCCUGCUUACUGCGCACAGCCAAUCCUGUUAGAACUCAGCAUCCCGGCUCGUCAGAUGGUCCUGGAGUGAUUUCUGCUGCUCAGAUUUUUUCGAGAUAAAUUGAAAAGAGAGGCUGAUUUUUCUUUCAUUUCUUUUUUUCUUUUGUAUUUUUUUUUUCUGCACAAAGGAGGACUUUUUGUUUUUUCACUAUUCAUGCCAAGACCAAUUUUUGAAAGACAGCUAAGGCAGGAUUGGGUGUGUAGGAUUUAAGCUUCUAGAUAGCCCGGCUGGAAUAAAGGAAAAGGAAGAUAAAGGAGAGGCCGCUGGGAGAGGACAGCACCAUCCAAUUUUGCUGUUAGGAAUUGCCAGUAAAAAGAGAUACUGUAGAAUUGUUUAUUUUGAGCAGCUUGUUCUGGAAGGCACCUUUCUUUUCUUUUUUCUCUCUCUUUUUUUUUUUUAACCUCUCGAAUCCCAUUUUCUAAAAGCUUUAUUUAAGAGCUUGGGGUUUGGGGUUUUUGGUGCAGAGAUCUUAUUUGUGUGUGUGUGUGUGUGUGUGUGUGUGUGUGUGUGUGUGUGUGUUUGGUGUAGUGUGGUGUGGUCCCAGCUGAGUCAUCAUGUCGGCCCUGACGCCUCCGACUGAUAUGCCAACCCCCACCACUGACAAGAUCACACAGGCUGCUAUGGAGACCAUCUACCUUUGCAAAUUCCGAGUGUCUAUGGAUGGAGAGUGGCUCUGCCUUCGAGAGCUGGAUGACAUUUCCCUCACACCUGACCCAGAGCCAACCCACGAAGACUCUUGGGAGGAUUUGACAGAUUUGGUGGAGCAAGUACGUGGUGAUACAGAAGAUCCUAAUUAUCUCAUGGCUAACGAACGCAUGAACCUGAUGAACAUGGCAAAGCUGAGUAUCAAGGGCUUGAUUGAGUCGGCUUUGAACUUGGGACGGACCCUGGACUCCGACUACGCUCCUCUCCAGCAGUUCUUCGUGGUGAUGGAGCACUGCCUGAAACACGGCUUGAAAGCCAAGAAAACUUUUCUUGGACAAAAUAAAUCCUUCUGGGGUCCCCUAGAACUGGUAGAAAAGCUUGUUCCCGAAGCUGCAGAGAUAACAGCAAGUGUCAAGGACCUCCCAGGACUCAAGACACCAGUUGGCAGAGGAAGAGCCUGGCUUCGUUUGGCGUUAAUGCAAAAGAAGCUUUCUGAGUAUAUGAAAGCUUUGAUCAAUAAGAAGGAACUUCUCAGUGAGUUCUAUGAAGCCAAUGCCCUCAUGAUGGAAGAAGAAGGAGCUAUUAUUGCUGGUCUGCUGGUGGGUCUGAACGUCAUUGAUGCCAACUUCUGCAUGAAAGGAGAAGACCUGGACUCUCAGGUUGGAGUUAUAGAUUUUUCAAUGUAUCUAAAAGAUGGAAACAGCAGUAAAGGUAGUGAAGGGGAUGGACAGAUUACCGCAAUUCUAGACCAGAAGAACUACGUAGAAGAACUCAAUAGACAUCUGAAUGCUACUGUAAACAACCUUCAGACAAAAGUAGAUUUGUUAGAAAAAUCCAACACGAAAUUGACAGAGGAGCUUGCUGUUGCCAACAACAGAAUUAUUACCUUACAAGAAGAAAUGGAACGAGUUAAAGAAGAAAGCUCCUAUCUACUGGAAUCCAGUCGGAAGGGUCCUAAGCAAGACAGAACUGCAGAAGGGCAAGCGCUGAGUGAAGCAAGAAAGCAUUUAAAGGAGGAGACACAGCUACGGCUGGAUGUUGAAAAGGAGCUGGAGCUCCAGAUAAGCAUGAGACAGGAGAUGGAACUGGCUAUGAAGAUGCUGGAGAAGGAUGUCUGUGAGAAGCAGGAUGCCCUGGUGUCCCUGCGGCAGCAGCUGGAUGAUCUCCGGGCUCUCAAGCAUGAACUUGCCUUUAAGCUGCAGAGUUCAGACCUAGGAGUAAAACAAAAAAGUGAAUUAAACAGUCGCUUGGAAGAAAAGACCAAUCAGAUGGCUGCCACCAUUAAACAACUGGAGCAAAGUGAAAAAGAUUUGGUGAAACAGGCAAAGACCUUAAAUAGUGCAGCAAAUAAACUGAUCCCAAAACAUCAUUAGACAUUUUGCAGUUGAUCAACUCACAAGUCUGAUACUACAGAUUAACUAUAGGGAGAAAUCUGAAAUUCCUACAUUUAAGCUCUGAUCCUAUAUAAAAUAUCACCAAAAGUUGACCCAGAAUUUGUAGGACUUUACAUACAUAGUGGGCUUUAUAGGUUGGGUUUUGUUGUUGCUGCUGCUGUUGUGUUCUCCCCGAGUUAGAAUUUUUCGUAUGGGUCCCUCAUUAAAUACCAAAUAAACUUUGAGAAAUAUUUCUGAGUUGAACAGUAAAUCAAGAGACCAUUCCUAGGAAGCUGGGGAAUGGAAGCACUGUACACGUGUGUGCUUGACAGUGACCAUACGGUAGGAGCACCUGUGUCCCCACCUGUGAGCCUGCUCUCGGCAGUGUAGUGGUGACCCAGGACUCUCUAAAACAGCUCUGUCUCUUAGGUCAUGGCCCCUUUUCUUUUGCCUUGUGUAGGUUUAAUCCCUAGCCCAAGAUAAGUACUUACUCUUUCAUUACAGUUCUAUUCCCAGUGACCAAGAUUGCUUGCAAUUUAUUUUUGCCUUAGUGAUUUUGGACCAAAAAAAAAAAAAAAAAAAAAAGCAGCAUCUUUGCAUUUCUUUAAAGUACUUAGAAACAAAAGUAGUGAUUAGGUAACUCUUAAUAUCACAGUGUGGAAGCUUGAGAAACCCUCUUAACGUGUGUCAUCUUCUACCUCUGCCCUUCUCUGUCAUUCUACUUACUACUGAGGUAGCUCAAGGAGAACUUAGUACAAAUACGAUUUUCAAAUCUCCCCUGCAUUUCCUACUGAAAUACUGAAGCCACAGUGCAGUCAUGAGUCAUGACUUCCUGCCCAUCACCCUCACCCAGAACACUUACCCAAGAGCUUCUAUCACUUAUUCUGUAAUGGGAAUUUGCUAAAGGUUCUGGGAAACUAACCUAGUUACUAAAAAAAACAUUUCCAAUGAGAAAUAAAUAAAACACUGGCAUUAUUGUUUAGUAUCAAAAUAAAAAUCCUCAAUAGAUAGUCACAAGCAAUACUAGCAGGGCUUGUUUUUCUAAGUGACCACAGAUUUAAUCCUUUUUAGGCUCUACAUUGUAAAUAAUCUUAUAAAUACUUUGAUUUAAAAAAAAACAACUAUUUUUGAUUUGGGGAGGCAGGCUUUUAUAUACAUGAGCCUUUACUCCAUCCAGCUAUUGGCACAAUGCCCAGGGUCUUUUUCCAUAGUUUCUGUCACUCCUCCUGGCAUGCUAUGUAGCAUCGCCCGUGCUAAGGGAGAGGCAAAGAUAAUCCCUUUGCUUUCUGCUCUUCAAAUUCUUUACCUUCUUGGCACAGCAGAAUGAAGAGUAUAGCAGAGUUCAUGUGUUUCUGUGGGUCCUCAAAGGGCCCGUGUUAGAGGCAACUUCAUGGUCGAUCCUGUGCCCUUGAACUCAUUUUAAUUCUUAUAAUUUUGCACCUGUAUAAAUAAAGCUCCUACUGCAUUCUGCUGUUCAUCAGCCUUUUAUGGUGAUGAGUUGCCUUUUACAUGAACAUCUAAAAAGAAUAAUCAAAUGAAUAAAAGUUAGAUUUACACAUAGCAUGCCUCUAAAUUCUAUUAUAGAAAGCCUCAAAUAUUUUACCUUCAAAAACAUGGUUCUCUAUAGGUGCAAAGUUAUAAGACAUUUAGAAGAAAGCAUCCGUGAGAAUCUUCCAAAGAUAUGGUCAGGAGCCUUACGAACCCCAGUGCUGAGUUCUUCGUCUGCUUGGUCACACACCACCUGAUAGGGAUGGAAAGGAGAGAGACAGCCGGACUCUCACAGAGGCUUGUCCUUGUGGAAUAAUGUGAAGCCUGGGCAAGGCUUGCUAUAGAAUGUCCUCCAGCUUCCUGUGGUUCAGGGGAAGGAUCAGGAAAUCGUGAAAACCCCACGUGAGAAGGCAGCUGUGCCUGCAUGCUCCAGCUGUAUGUGGAAGACAGAAGGAUGAAGUACCAGAGUGUUAGGAAAGAAAGACAGUGGCGUUGUCGUGAAUAACUGUACUUGAGGGUGGCUCUGGAUAUGGAUUUCCAAAAAGUGAUGUCUUGUUGUUGAUCAUCUAAUGGCUGUAAACUGUAGUACUAGAAUAAAAAAAAAAAAAUAGAAAAUCAGCUUUUCCUCUGC